AGGAAACCUAACUUUUCAUUCCAUAUAAAAAACUGAAACUUGUGGAAUAAAAGAUGAAAGGUGAAUAAUGUUAAUUAGAGAGAGAUGCCGACACAAGGGAAAUACCCAAAGUGACCUUCCGAACUUUGUUGAAAGAGACGCGGAAGUAUCUGCAGUGCGGAACAAUCAAGAUUUGAACAAUGAGAUGGAGGUGACGGUUGAAGAGAGAAGAGAUGAGGAAAAUGCUGGGCUAAAAAGGAAAAUUGAUGAGAUGUUCAUGAGUGAGGGGGAGAUGGAAGAGGAUGCUGAUGCUUUUAAGGUGGUUUGUGAUGCACCGGAAUACGGGUGGAGCUUGACUAAUCCAUGUGAUGUUGAUAUGGGGAAUAGUGUUGAUAUCCUCGACAGCUCAUCUGCCUGCAUUGCAAAGAUUGAUAAAUAUGACAAGAAGCCGAACGUUGUUCGAGACAUGGUCAUAAAAUAUUUCAAGAGUAAAGGACUGGAUGGCCGGGUCGAGAAACUGAAGGCACAAGAACCAAAACGAUUGCAAUUGGCGUGGAGAGAUUCGACCGCUGUAUUUGAUUAUGGUGUGAUUACAAUGCGGCACAUGGAGACGUACACAGGGCAUACAUUGAAGCAGUGGGAAUGUGGCUUGAAAAAGGGGGAUGAGAAGGUGGUGAAUGCACUUCGCACAACACUAACAUAUGCAUAAAGAAAAACAAAAGAUGUAAAUAUUAAAAUAUUUAAUGGAGCAAAAAAAAUACAUGUACUAAACCAAUAAAAAAACAUGAUUUAACUUAUCUAAUAAUUACAAAGUAAUAAAAAAUCAAUAGGAAAAUAUGCAUUAGACAUUUAAGAACAAUUUGAAAAAAAUUAAAUAAAAAAUCACAAAAAGGUGGGUAAAUAAGUUAAAUCAUUUUGAUGGAGAUGAAAUUUAACCUUACAUAAUGUAAAAAUUAACACAAAAUAUAUUUGUGUAAAUCUUGUAAUAAAGAGGGAAAGAAGCGAUAAACUCAAUUACUGCACAUCAUAUGUAUAGGAUUGUUGCCGCUAUCCCUCUCUGUUUCGAUUUGGGAUUCAGCCACUUGUUCAAGGCCAAGCUCCAACCUCCUUCAUGCUCUACGAUCUAUCUAGGUCGUCGCUGCUCUGCCCUGUCAGACGAUUUCUUAUGUUGCUGAAAAUAAUUGAACUAAUUCAUCUCAGUAAAAACUAAAUUUCCAAUUUCAUACGUAUAAGGAAACCUAACUUUUCAUUCCAUAUAAAAAACUGAAACUUGUGGAAUAAAAGAUGGAAGGUGAAUAAUGUUAAUUAGAGAGAGAUGCCGACACAAGGGAAAUACCCAAAGUGACCUUCCGAACUUUGUUGAAAGAGACGCGGAAGUAUUUGCAAUCUU